CUCUGGGUGAGGGGGCAGCUCGGGAGGCGCCGGCGGCGGUGAGAACGCGGCGAGGACCCUUCAGGCCCGACCCGGGUCCCCGAGAGGGUUGCUACCAUGUCGCUGUCUCAUCUCUAUCGAGAGGGCGAAGGAGCCAUUGAUGAGGAAGAAGAUGAGAUGGAGAACUUUGAGAUCACGGACUGGGACCUCCAGAACGAAUUCAAUCCGAACCGGCAGCGUCAUUGGCAAACGAAGGAGGAGGCCACAUACGGAGUGUGGGCUGAGCGCGACCUUGAAGAUGAGCGGCCCAGCUUUGGAGGCAAACGCUCCCGAGACUUCUCUGCUCCCGUGAAUUUCAUUAGUGCUGGACUGAAGAAAGCUGCCGAGGAAGCCGAUGAGGAGGAUUCAGAUGAGGAGGAGAAGCCUGUGAAGCAGGAGAACUUCCCUAAGGAUUUUGGACCAAAGAAGUUAAAAACAGGUGGCAAUUUUAAACCUAGCCAGAAAGGAUUCGUAGGUGGAGCCAAAUCUUUCACAGACUUCGGCAGCUGGGAGAGGCACACCAAAGGAAUAGGACAGAAGCUUUUGCAGAAGAUGGGUUAUGUCCCAGGAAAGGGCCUUGGGAAGAAUGCACAAGGUAUCAUUAAUCCAAUCGAAGCCAAACAGAGAAAAGGCAAGGGUGCCGUCGGCGCCUAUGGCUCAGAACGGACCACUCAGUCAGUGCAGGAUUUCCCUGCGGUUGACUCAGAAGAAGAGGCCGAGGAGGAGUUCCAGAAGGAGCUCAGCCAGUGGCGGAAAGAUCCCAGCGGGGGCAAGAAGAAACCAAAAUACUCCUAUAAGACAGUUGAAGAAUUGAAGGCAAAAGGCAGAAUUGGCAAGAAACUCUCUGCCCCCCAGAAGGAGCUUUCCCAGGUUAAGGUGAUUGACAUGACAGGCCGGGAGCAGAAGGUGUAUUACAGCUACAGCCAGAUCAGCCACAAGCACAACAUCCCUGAGGACGGGGUCCAGCAGCAGCAGCUACCACUGCCCGGCAAAGACGCCAAGCUGCAGGCCUUUGCCCUGCCCGAGCUGGAGCACAACCUCCAGCUGCUCAUCGACAUCACGGAGCAGGAGAUCAUCCAGAAUGACCGGCAGCUGCAGUAUGAGAGAGACAUGGUCGUCAACCUGACCCACGAGCUGGAGAAGAUGUCCGAGGUGCUGUCCCACGAGGAGACGGUGAUCACCAACCUCAGUAAGGUCCUGGAGAUGGUGGAGGAGUGUGAGCGGAGGAUGCAGCCCGACUGCAGCGAUCCGCUCACGCUGGAUGAGUGUGCCAAGAUAUUUGAGACUCUGCAGGACAAGUACUACGAGGAGUACCGCAUGUCUGACCGCGUGGACCUGGCCGUGGCUAUCGUCUACCCGCUCAUGAAGGAUUACUUCAAGGACUGGGAUCCCCUGAAGGACUGCACUUACGGCACUGGCAUCAUCGCCAAGUGGAAGAGCCUUUUGGAGAACGAUCAGAUCCUGUCUCACGGGGGCCAAGACCUCGCAGCGGAUGCUUUCCACAGGCUCAUCUGGGAAAUGUGGAUGCCUUUUGUUCGAAAUAUCGUGACUCAGUGGCAGCCAAGGAGCUGUGAGCCAAUGGUGGACUUUCUGGAUAGCUGGGUCCAUAUUAUUCCCGUGUGGAUCCUGGAUAACAUCCUGGACCAGCUCAUCUUCCCCAAACUGCAGAAGGAGGUUGAAAACUGGAACCCUCUGACCGACACGGUUCCCAUCCACUCAUGGAUACAUCCCUGGCUUCCACUCAUGCAGUCACGCUUGGAGCCUUUAUACUCCCCGAUCCGGAACAAGUUAUCCAGUGCUCUGCAGAAAUGGCAUCCCAGUGAUUCCUCGGCCAAGCUUAUCCUGCAGCCCUGGAAGGAUGUGUUUACCCCCGGCUCCUGGGAGGCUUUCAUGGUCAAAAAUAUUGUGCCCAAAUUAGGGAUGUGUCUUAAUGAAUUAAUCAUUAACCCUCACCAGCAGCACAUGGAUGCUUUUUAUUGGGUGAUUGACUGGGAAGGGAUGAUCUCUGUCUCCAGCCUAGUAGGACUCCUUGAGAAACAUUUCUUUCCUAAAUGGCUUCAGGUUCUCUGCUCCUGGCUCAGUAAUAGUCCAAAUUAUGAAGAGAUCACCAAAUGGUACCUGGGGUGGAAGUCCAUGUUCUCAGACCAGGUUUUGGCACAUCCAUCUAUCAAGGACAAAUUUAAUGAAGCGCUCGAUAUCAUGAACCGGGCUGUGUCUUCCAAUGUCGGGGCCUAUAUGCAGCCAGGAGCUCGGGAAAACAUUGCUUAUCUCACUCACACAGAGCGGAGGAAAGACUUCCAGUAUGAAGCCAUGCAGGAGCGCCGAGAAGCAGAGAACAUGGCCCAGAGGGGCAUAGGUGUGGCAGCCAGCGCAGUGCCCAUGAACUUCAAAGACCUCAUUCAAACAAAGGCUGAAGAACAUAAUAUUGUUUUCAUGCCUGUCAUUGGAAAAAGGCACGAAGGAAAACAACUGUACACUUUCGGGCGGAUCGUAGUCUAUAUUGACCGGGGUGUUGUGUUUGUGCAAGGGGAGAAGACUUGGGUGCCAACAUCCCUUCAGAGUCUGAUCGAUAUGGCAAAAUAGGGCCUGGCUCCUCAGCAGAAAAAUUGUAUAAAGGGUGUAUUAAAAGACUUCUGAAAAAUGAAUUUGGGACCCCACUGAAUCCACAGUAACCUGGGAGACUCAGAUCACAUCCAGACCAGGUCUUGGGGGAAUAGCCCUUGCCCUCCUUUCCUGCAGUUCUUCAGGUGUGACAGCCCUGGUAGCCUGAGGUCACACCAUGCUCCUCUGGUGGUGUGAUCAGGAGAACUGGCUAAGCUUCCUAAUCUAAACCAGAACCCAUUUGAGGGUGGGCAUGGCCUGAGGCCAGAUGAAUCCAGCCUCCUGCCCUCCUCCUUCUAGGAAUUUGCCUACCCAGGCUCCUCCUCAUUUUCCCCAGUGUGGGGGAAAAUAAAAACGUGCUGCUUCUACCGA